AUGACCCAUUGGCAGUGCCGACAGCUGCAUUCGAUUGCAAGCCAGCAUGUCAACCAACGACUCUUACAGCAAUGGCGAGUCUUGUUUCUACACAUGCACACACCCACUUCUCGGAACCUACCCACUGCAGCAGCAGCAACCCGAUCAUCAACACGACGCGCAUUCUCCAGUUGCUCCUGUAAAGCUGACAAGCGGUCUACGGCUCAAGUUGUUGAAACCACCACAGCGGGUACAGACGCGUUUUACAGCACCAGCACCAUUGAAGCCAAACGAGCUGCCAAGCGACGCAUUCCUCUUCACAUUUCCUCCCAAAUCGACAAGUCGAUUCUUUCGCCACAAGCAAUAUCCUCGGCUGUGACCAUUCUCUCGCAUCUUGAUGCCAAGGAAACCGAUCUUGCAUGGAAAGCGUUUGAGCAGUUGCCACGUGACAGCGAAUCAUCGCCAGGCCCACGGACGAUUAUACAACGCAUGCUUGCAUCGUUACGGGCGGAUAUCCGCAACGACCCCAAGAAUCAUCAGCUUGUAUUGCACAAUAGACGCCUCAACUCGCUCCUCAGCUAUGUACGAUCGACUCGGUUAUAUUUGGAUGAAAACGAGUUUCGCAUUGUAUUGGAAUUAUUGGAUCGAUUGGAUCAAUUGGAAAGAGCCGAGGUGAUGUUAAGGACCAUGGGCACCUAUUGUGAUCAACCUGCCACCCAACGCACCUAUAACAAGCUGGCAGCAGCGUAUCUACGUCGUAUCAAGGAAAGCAAUGGACAAAGUCGGCGAUACUUGAACAAGCUCGAGACGCUGAUUCAUUCCUUGGAUGAGCAAAACAUUACGCCUGAUGUGGUGACCUUUAAUGUGCUUCUUACAGCUUAUGGAAGGAUGGGACGCUUGAAGGAUGUGGAAGCCGUGUUCUUGGAUAUGGAGAAACAUGGCAUUACACCCAAUGACAGGACAUUCAACAUUGCACUGGAUAUCAAUGGCAAGGUCAAAGGAGGAGGAGGAGGAGAUGUUGGCAAUUUGGAGCGUCGAUUAUCAAACGUAUUAGCGUCCGUUGAAUCAGGAUUGAGUCCAGAUAUUAUUGCCUAUGCAACCACAAUUCGCAAUGCGGUGUUGAAACGUGACAUGGCGGCUGCUGAGCGGACGCUCAAAGCAAUGGUGGGCAAAGGGAUCCUUCCUAAUGAAUACGUGUACGCGCAUCUUGUUCUUGGCUAUGUGGAGACGGGUGACGUUGAAAAGGCACACACGGUGAUUCAAUUGAUGCGUAAGGCGCCCAAUGCAUUACAACCAACAGCACAUCUUUAUGGGCCAUUGAUCCAAGCAUAUGCACGAACACAUGAAUACAAAAAGGCAUACCAGGUGCUGAGUGAAAUGAUGGACCAAGGCAUACCCGCGAAUUUGACGACUUAUACCAUCCUUGCAUCCAUGUUUGUUCACUCACCCACGCAUGAAGAACCUUCCAAGGCUAUCCAAGUGCUCCGUAGCUUAUGGAAGUUGACGGAUGAUCAAGAACCCCUCGAUCGACCCGCUUUGACAAUGCUUAUUGAAGCCCAUGGCGUGGCAGGUGCACGUGAUUUGGAAUGGGAUCCUGGAUGGUCUUUUGAUGAAGAACCCAAUGAAGAAGAAGAGGAAGAGGAAGAGAAGGAACAAUUUGAAAAGGAGCAAAACGAGUUAUCACGACGUGAAUUACAUGCACUUGGUGUUCAACAAAGUUAUGCCGCUAUCGCCCAUCCCGAUCACCUCGCUCAUACAGCAUUAUUAACAGCCUAUGCACGUCUCAAUAUGCCUGAAAAUGCCUGGCAGUUUUGGACCACGCUCAAAAGCAAGGAGACUGUUCUCAACACAUUCCACUACAAUGCAUUAAUUAUGGGUCUUGUUCAAUCCGUCGAAUGGUAUCCUAAAGCCGCGCAAGUGUUUCAAGAGAUGGUCGACGAGAAGGUGACACCUGACAUUGCGACAUUCGAUCUUAUGAUUUAUGGUGCAUACUCUGCUGGUGAUCUUGAAGCUGUGCAAAGGUUUUGGAGAAUGGAUGAACGACCUAGACCUAAAGAAUCAACCAACUUGUCAACAACAACAACAACAACAACAACAACCGCCGAUGCCACAUCAUCCUCAUCACCAGUACCUCUUAUUCGAUCCUAUUAUUACGCUCUUCAUGCCAUGGUAGCUGGUAAAGACCUUCAAGGUGCUCAUGACGUUUUCCGGGAAUUCAAGUCAUUAUCAUUAUCAUCGAUGCCAGCGUCUGCGACGCUCUGGACCCAUUUCAUCCAUAAAUUGUACCACGAUUUAAAGUAA